GGCUCGUCCCCGGAAGUCCCGGGUGGUUAACAUCGCACCCGGAAGUGAAGGGGCUUCCCGACUCCGGCGGCGGGAGUGGCCGUGUCGGGUGUCCCGCUCUCCCAGGAAGAAACUACCGAGUCCGGGCAGUGCUGCGGAUUGUGCUUCCAGCCUCUGGCCCGCCUGACCAUGGCCCUUUCCGUGGAGACUGAGUCACACAUCUACCGAGUUCUGCGCACUGCCUCUGGGGCCGCUGCUCACCUACUGGCCUUCGGAUUCACCAUCUUUGUGGCUGUGCUUGCCAGGCCUGGCUCCAGUCUGUUCUCCUGGCACCCUGUGCUUAUGUCUCUGGCUUUCUCUUUCCUGAUGACUGAAGCAUUGUUGGUAUUCUCUCCUGAGAGUUCUCUGCUUCGCUCCCUCUCGAGGAAAGGCCGGACACGUUGCCACUGGGUGCUGCAGCUGCUGGCCCUGCUGUGUGCUCUGCUGGGCUUCAGUCUUGUCAUCCUCCACAAGGAACAACUUGGCAAAGCCCACCUGGCUACCUGGCACGGGCGGGCAGGGCUGCUAGCUGUGCUGUGGGCAGGGCUGCAGUGCUCAGGUGGGGUGGGGCUGCUCUAUCCCAAACUGCUGCCCCGGUUGCCCUUGGCCAAGCUCAAGCUGUACCACGCCACUUCUGGGCUGGUGGGUUACCUUCUGGGUAGUGCCAGCCUCCUACUGGGUAUGUGCUCAUUCUGGUUUACCACCACGGUUACCGGCGGGGUAUGGUACCUGGCGGUGCUAUGCCCUGUCAUUACCAGUCUGGUCAUCAUGAACCAGGUGAGCAAUGCCUACCUUUACCGCAAAAGGAUGCAGCCAUGAACUCUUCCCAGCCUACAAGAAGCUUGGAUUCGCCCCGCGGUGUAGGAGCUGAGGCUGGAUCCUCCUGGACUUCUGGCUGACUCGGUCACGGGGAUGUCUCGGGCACUGACUCGGGCAGGAGUCCCGCGUGUGACUUGCUUGCUCGCUCAUGCUGGGGCGCCUCCCCUUUCUCUACCUCUGUUGCCCCAGAGGAACAUAGGGAUCGUGUUUGGAUAAAAGUGGGGUUGCAAGACUGCCCCCAGAAACUUAAUCCACACUUCUGUCCAGAAAUUACAGGGGAGGGAAAAAAAAAUCAAAUAAAGUGAAAUAUUGGGUGAGAAAAAAAAAAACCUAGAUGGAGGUGUUCUCUGGAGGGGCUAGUUCUCCUUAUGUGUCCUUCUGAUCUAGCUGC